GUACACGGAUGUACACAGAUGUACACAGAUGUACAUAUACAGUGUGUACACAGAUUUCGGGACACUGAAGUUUCAGAUGUUCUGAUUCUGUUUCUCGGGUUGAAUGGAGGACACGCCCCCAGCAGGGGGAGGAGUGCUCUUAUUGGCUGGUUCGAACAGCGCUUUCCGCAAACACAGACUCACAGCGUGCAGCUCCUGAGCAGCGGAGGAAAAGUCACGGAGUGACCGCAGGAACUGGAACUUUUCAGCCUGGAUUGAAGAAAACCAAGACUUUAAAUCCAAACCUGAAGACGUUCAACUCUUUGCUGUUUCCGGAUGAAGAGGUGACUCCAUCUCCACAGUCAUGUCUGUCCAGACAGACUUCCAGGUUUGGUUUGGUGAGAAGUUCCACAGUCCCGUGUUGAGCUCCUGGAGCCCCCGCAGCAGGUUAGAACCUCGACACGGUCCUGGACUCACCGACGUCCUGCAGUACGACCAGUGGCUGGCGGUCCGACAUGAGGCCACGCUGGUGCCCAUGCAGGAGGAUCUGGCCAUUUGGCUCACGGGCAUGCUGGGAGAGGAGGUGAGGGCGGAGUUCUUCAUGGAGGAGCUGAACAAUGGAGUCAAACUGUGUCAGCUGGUUGGUGUCCUCCAGACCAAGGUGUCCCACAGCUGUCCUGCUGCACUCAGCAAGCUGUUCCCUCUGAGGAAGGUCUCGUGUAAGUGCAACGCCUCCCCCGGGUCCUUCUUUGCUCGUGACAACACGGCCAACUUCCUGUCCUGGUGCCGACACAUCGGUGUCGAGGAGACCUACCUGUUUGAGUCCGAGGGUCUGGUUCUUCACAGAGAACCUCGUCAGGUCUGUCUGUGUCUGCUGGAGAUCGGUCGGAUCGUCUCCAAGUAUGGUGUGGAGCCCCCCCUGUUGGUCAAACUGGAGAAGGAGAUUGAACUGGAGGAGACUCGUCUGCUGACGGAGAAGACCCCCCCGGCUGUGAAGACCUUCAGUGUGUGCUGCCAACACGGUGGUCUGUACCAGUCUGGGGAGCCCGGUGUUGACGACCCCCCCUGUGACUGUUCAAACAGAGUGUCUAUAGACUACCUGUCUGAGGGACGUUACAGGCUCGGAGACAAGACCAUCUUCAUCAGGAUGCUCCACGGUAAACACGUGAUGGUGCGUGUGGGCGGGGGCUGGGACACGCUGCGUGGCUUCCUGUCGAAGUACGACCCCCGGAGGGUGCUGCAGUUCACCACCCUGGAGCAGAAGAUCCUGUCUUUCCAGAAGGGUCCUCCAGGCCUGGGGGGUCACCACGGCAGCUCGACCGGGCACGCUCCCCCCCCCCGUCCCCCUGACAUGGACCCCCUGGCUGCAGUCAACACCCUCAUGUCCUCCACGUCCUCCUCGUCUUCAUCGUCCUCCUCGUCUUCAUCGCUCUCCGGCUCCGUAGGUAAAUCCGCGCCGUCCCCCGGCCCCUCGGGUCGUCUCCAUGCCGCCUCCCCCGCCUGCACCCCCACCCUGUCCAGGAAAGGUGUGGCCCCGGCACCGAAGAAGAACCUGAUGUUGACCCCCUCCUCCCCCAAGAAGCCCACCCAGCUGCCGCUCCCCGUGUCCCCGCCGUCCACGCCUGUGGGAGGUUUCUCCAAACUGUCUCCUCCGUCGGGCUGCGUCCGCGGUCUGGACCAGCGCAGAGCUCCGCCUCCGUCACCUGCUCCGUCACCUGACUCUGCUGCCAAACUGAAGGUCAGGCCACGAGGCUGCGCCGCCUCCAAACCCAGGAGUCCGGUCUGUCCUGAGCCGUCCUCAAAGUGUCCCAAACCCUCCAGCCCCUGCUCCUCCCCCACCACCGCUGCUCCCCGCCCCCUCACCGCNCCCCCCGCUGCCCCCCCCCCCCUCCCCGCCGCGCGCCCACCCUUACCCGGUGCUGUAUGCACCGCUCUGGGCACCACCCAACAGUCCCGCCUCGCACAGAGACGUCCAGCGUCCCCGGCCUCGCGUCUUCAUCUAGAGACGGCGAGACGAGUGCGGACAGCCACCAGAGCGGCGGCGGUGACGUCAUCCAGACCAGCGACCCCACAAUCUGUCCCCUCCACCCCCCCCUCAAGGACUGCCUCUCCAGCACCACCUAAACCUGCCUUGUCCCAGCCUAGGAACAACGAGGCUAAAGCCAAGGGGCUGGCCCUGACUAAGGCCAUCGUCUCUCCACGAUGUCCCACCGCUGUCCCCGGGCGGGUCCCCGGGGGCAACGCUGCCCCCUAUGCCUCCAACAAAGGCAGUCAGAAAACAACAGCCUCGGCACAGACAGCAGGGAGAAAACCAACCAGCAGCACCGCGUCCACAUCGACACCUGGGACACCUGGACCAUCGACACCUGGACCAUCGACACCUGGACCAUCGACACCUGGACCAGCGGCAGGACGAGUCCUGGUUCCACAGAAAUCCACGGCCAACGUGGUGGCGGUGAAACCUGAGUGGAGCGUCAGCAAGAAGACGCUGCCGUGCAAGAGCAGGAGCGAGGACACCUACUUUCAGAUGAACACCAGGAGGAGGAUGAAGACAUGAGGGGACACGGUGCGUCCUCCCCCAGAACCAGCACUAAACUGACAAACACACGUUACUACUAACACUACUGCAGUACACAGAAGUACUCAUGUCCAAACGGUCUUUCUGACAGGACGUCUCCUGGACAAACGCUGCUGGAGUUUGGUACAAACAUUCAAAUGUCACAGAGGACACUGAGGACACUGAGGACACGUGUCUCCACCUCUGCUCCUCCCACUUUACUGGAAGCUCAGUGUCAUUUUCUAUAGAGAUUUUCAGACGGGUCACUAGGGGGCGCUGUGUCAGGAGACUUUCAUCCUGCCGUGUGCCUUCAUCAGUGUAUAGAUGUAUGUAUAUCUACACAUACAGUAUAUACACACAUAUAUA